UCCAUGACUCUCCACUGUGAAAAUAAUUUAAUUGUGAACAAAAUGCUCCAGCAGGGGUCGCUACAGCAAACAGUCCAAUCCGGCCCAAGACUGGAUUCCAAAAUAAAUAUCAAUAAAUAGAAUAACGUUUGACAAAAAUGCAAUUUUGAUUUUUUUUUUUUUUGAGCGUCCCGACAAAUAGUCUCUGGCCUACAGUAUAGUCUGUGGCCUAUAGUCUGUGGCCUAUAGUCUGUGGCCUAUAGUCUGUGUGUAUACACGCCUCAUUGUUUAGUCUGUUCUAAUUUUCAAGUCCCCAUUAAUCUAGGACCCUGUCUCCCCAAGUUUGUCUAUGUUGCGCCAUCUAGUGGAAACAUGGGUAAUGCCAAAAGCAGCCAAUAUGAAUGUAGUCUAAAUGGGUCUUAACUAAAAUUUGAACAGUGAUUGACAGCUGCAGCCCUUAGUUUCCCACGUCGCCCAACUCUUCUUCUCUUGAACCAGAUCUUUACACCUGCAGCUGUGUUGGACUUUUGUUCAUUUUAACCCGAGUUUGUUCUUGCAGCAUCUGGUCCGUCUCUCUCUAGAGGCAAGCUGGAUUCCACCUCUGACAUCAUUGCCAGGUGACCCUCUUCCCAUGGUGACCUCAUUCCUUAAGGGUCACCAUGGGAGACCAAGCUUACCCAGAAAGCCAUGCUCAAGAGCUGUUUGAUGAGUUUGUGUCAGCGUCGACCUGCAGGGCGGCGUUGUGGACCUUCCGUCAGCUCUGUGAAGACUUGCAGGUCGACCCAGGUGUCAGUGAGAGGCCUCUGUACCGAGCCAUCAGAGAGCACCUCAACUACUGGAGGGCUAAUGCGCUGUGGGCCAAACUGGACAGAAGGGCGGCGCAGAGGGAGUACGAGAAGGGCCGAGUCUGCAGCGGCACCACUUGUGUGGUCAUUGGGGCCGGACCUUGUGGCCUGCGGACAGCGGUUGAGCUGAGCUUCAUGGGAGCCCGGGUGGUGCUGGUGGAGAAGAGAGACUCAUUCUCGCGGAACAACGUGCUACACCUGUGGCCCUUCACCAUCCAUGACCUGCGGGGCCUUGGUGCCAAAAAGUUCUGUGGAAAGUUCUGCGCCGGUGCCAUCGACCACAUCAGCAUCCGUCAGCUGCAGCUCAUCCUGCGGAAGGGCGCCUUCCUGCUCGGUCGGGAGGGUCAUGUUCAUGUCAACGUGGAGUUCCAAAGUCUGCUGGAGCCACCGCAGAGCCAGAACAAACAACGUGUGGGCUGGAGGAUGAAGGUGAGUCCAACAUCUCACCCUGUCAAUCAGCUAGAAUUUGACGUCAUCAUCGGUGCAGAUGGACGCAGGAACACCCUGCCCGGUUUCAGGCGUAAAGAGUUCCGCGGGAAACUCGCCAUCGCCAUCACGGCCAACUUUAAGAAUAGAAACUCCACGGCUGAAGCCAAGGUGGAGGAGAUCUCUGGUGUGGCCUUCAUCUUCAACCAGAGGUUCUUCCAGGAGCUGCGACAGGAGACAGGCAUCGACCUGGAGAACAUCGUCUACUACAAAGACGAUACGCACUACUUUGUCAUGACUGCCAAGAAACAGAGUCUGUUGGACAAAGGUGUCAUUUUGGAGGACUUUGCAGAUACACAGCAACUUCUCUCCGGAAACAACGUGAACCUGGAUGCGCUGCAGGCGUACGCCCGUGAGGCUGCUGACUUUUCCACCAAUCACCAGCUGCCAUCUCUGGACUUUGCCAUCAACCACUACGGUCAGCCCGACGUUGCCAUGUUUGACUUCUCGUCUAUGUACGCUUCAGAGAAUGCCGCCAUGGUCCGCCAACGCCACGGUCGCCAGCUGCUGGUCAUGCUGGUGGGAGACAGUCUGCUGGAGCCUUUCUGGCCGAUGGGCACCGGCGUAGCUCGUGGUUUUCUGGCCGCUCUGGAUUCGUCCUGGAUGAUAAGGAGUUGGUCUCAGGGCAGAGAUCCCCUGGAUGUCUUGGCUGAGAGAGAGAGUCUGUACCGUCUCCUCCACCAAACAACUCCAGAGAACAUGCAAAAGAACAUCACUUCGUUUUCACUGGAUCCAACCACUCGAUACGUGAACGUCCACCCACUGUCCAUUACACCAGCGCAGGUGAGACACCUAGUGGACACUGGGAGCGAGGAAAGGUCAAACACACACUGGCUGUCUUCACCUGGACUCAGAGAAGGACCGACAACGCGAACCAACGAGCUGCUGGAGUGGUGUCAGGACCAGACUCGAGGAUAUCGUGGCGUUGCCGUGAACAACUUGACCAGUUCGUGGAAGGACGGACUGGCUCUGUGUGCCUUGAUCCACCGCUUCAGACCGGACCUGAUAGAUUUCAAUUCUCUAACGGAGUCGUCGGCCGGAGAAAACAUUUCAUUUGCCUUCGAAGUUGCCAAUCGAGAGUUGGGGAUCCCUCCUCUGAUGACGGUGGACGAGAUGCUGCGGGUUCGACAACCGGACUCUCUGUCUAUGGUCAUGUACCUGAGUCAGUUCUACCAGCUGCUCAAGGAUGCAACGCCCCUUGCUGGUGCCACGAGUCACAGCUCUGAUCUCAGGUCAGGUGACUUCAGGUCAGCUGUAAUUACCCCGGCUGGUCUCCUCAACAGACUGGGACACAGUUUUUCCAGGAAAAGGAAUCCAAAGGAGCUCAGAGAUGCUGUGGAGAAGAGGAGGAAGAUCAGCGUAGCAGCAGGAGACCAGCAGGAGACAGGUGAUGAAGCCCUGGUGGGCGGGGCCAGUGUUCGUCUUCUAGCCAGUCAGCUGCAGGCGAAGCUGAAGGACAGCUCAUCGUCUUCAGUGGUCGUCAGUCAUCAGCAGAGGGAGGAGUUGUCUGGAACUGGUACUUCUGGGUCUGUGGAGGUGGACGUAUCACCUGCCGCUGCCAAGCCUCCUCCUUGGAGACCAAGAAAGCGAACACUUCAACAGGAGCAGAUGAGUUGUCGGUUCAAAGAGAAGCUCAGGUCUCAGAGCAGGGGUGAACAGUGUCCUGCAGGAAGCAGCAGUGUCUGCGUCUUCUGUAAGGACAGAGUUUACGUGAUGGAGCGUCUCAGUGCUGAAGGGCUCUUCUUUCACCGCAGCUGUUUCCAGUGCAACUUCUGUGGCGACACACUCAAACUGACAGGGUACACCUUCGACCAGCAGCACGGAACCUUUUACUGUGUUCAUCACUACGACCGACGUCUGAGCGUCCCCACGGCGAGGAAGAGGAGGGCGUCGUCUGAUAGGCCUGCCUCACGUCGAACAUCUACGGUGUCUCUCUGCUCCGCCCACCCCUCGGCCUCCGCUGACUCAGCAGAUCCUCGUCGCUCCUCAGUGGUGUCUGUGAUGGCGGCGAUGCAGGAGCGUAUCGAGCUGGAGAACUUCAGGCGAGGCUCGACCAGGGAGGAGGUGAAGGAGCUGCAGGAGGAACCGGAGGAGGAGCCACAGGAGAUCUCGGAGGAGGUGCUGAACCAGUUCAACCUAGGUUUGGAGCAGAGGGAUCGGUGUCGGUCCAGGUCCAGAUCCAGGUCCAGUUCAGAGUCUGAAAACGAAGAGAAGGAGGAUGAGAGAGACAGAGGAGAUGAAGAUGGCAUGAUGUCAGAGGAGGCCAAAUCUGUAUGGAAGGAAAGUCUGCAACGCAACCUCCACAAGGGAGAUGAGAGGGAACCAGAAGAAGAGAAUGAUGAUGAAGAAGAUGAAGAAGAAGAAGAUGAUGAAGAUGAAGAAGAGCAAGAACAAGAAGGAGGAGGCAGUGAGCUGCAGUCCAGUGAUGAGGGUGAGUACAGCCCGUGGCAGAUGGAGCGUCACUCAGGGCUGUGGCUCCUGUCAGAGAUGGACUCAGAGGAGGAGUUUCCCCGUCCAGUCUCCCUAUCGGCAGGAAGUGACAUCAGAACGCCCUCGGAGACUGGCUCCACCCCCAGUUUGUCCUCGCGCAUCAGUCCUCAUGAAGCUUCAUCUUUGACUCCGACUCUGGGCACUACACCUUCUACGGCUUCCUACGUCACAACUUCAUCUGACUCUGCCCACUCUGACCUUAGAGACUUGGCUCCUCCCACAACGCUCAGGACUGACGUUGUCAUGGAGACAGUGGCUCAAAGACAUGAGCAUCAACAAGAGGGGCGGAGCUAUUUCCAGAACAUCAGCCCAGAACUUCCUUCAAAGAAGCUGUUACCCCCAAAGGAUGGAUCAAAGGAGGGGGCAGGGGCGGGUCAUUCAAAGAGGAAAUACCCCCUCCCUCCUCUACAGGGCGGCGCCAGAGCUCUGUGGAGGUCUUUCUUCUUUGCAAACAAGAAGAAAAAGAGAGGCGGGACUUCAGACGUUCAUAAACGAGCUAAAGCAGUGACAGAAGAGACCACCUUGGACUCAACCACGUUGCUGCGGAGGUGUUCGCUGACACCAAGGAAAAAUCUGCACCUGGAGCUUCUGGACCUCACGUCUGAGAUUCACAGCAUCACAAUACACGAGGAGGAGACUGAGCCUGCAUACGUUCCUCACGCUUUGGCCUUUAAACGAUCUUACGCCAUCAAGCGACCCUCUGGACGGAAGACACUUCCAACUCAGGACUCUGAUGGACAGUCCUCAUGUCCCACAGUGGUGGUUGGUGUCAUUGCUGAGUCACAGGAUCCGUCCAGUCUGAGCGUGAAGGAGAACAUGUUCCAGCGGCGAACAGAGGAAGAAGAGCUGGACGCCAAGAUAACCCGACGAGUCCAGAGAGCAGCUCGACGACAAGCCAAACAGGAGCAGCUGAAGAGGCUGCACAAGGCUCAGAUGAUCCAGAGACGACUCCAGCAGGUGGAGGAGAAACAGAAGGAAUUGGAGGAGAAAGGAGUGAUGGUGGAGAAAGCCCUGAGAGGAGAAACUGAUUACUGGUCUGAGGACAGUCCCCAUGACGACCUUCACCUCAGAGGUCUGGGCGAGGUGGACGACCAGGCUCUGAUGCAGCAGUGGUUCCAGUUAGUUCAGCAGAAGAAUUCCUUAGUUCAGUAUGAAUCGGAGCUGAUGAUAUUUGCUCAAGAACUGGAGCUGGAGGACCGACAGAGCCGCCUGCAGCAGGAGCUCAGAGAGAGGAUGGCUGUGGACGACCAUCUGAAGGAGGACUGGCAGCUGCUGGAGGAGCGUCUGAUCCUUGAGGAGAUGUUGGAUGUGGUGGAGCAAAGAGACUCGCUGGUGUCCCUGCUGGAGGAGCAGAGAAUGCAGGUGAAACAGGAAAACCUGGAUGGGUUCAGACUCUCGACAUUCAUAUGACCUUCACAU